AUGUUCCUGCGUCCUAGCAUCCCGUCCGAUAUCCUGUACCUUAUCGUCGAGCAUCUUGCCCCGAUCGGAACCGAUGGCAGUGGCGUCGGCUACGCUGACGGACAAGAGGAUGUUGGGUUGAGAGAUCUUUACAAUGCCGCGUUGGCCAAUCGUGCUCUCAACGCGGCAACAACACCGCUGCUGUACCGGACCGUAGAAGGCCGAACACGGAUCACUAAGACAGUUGAAGAUGGAAAGCAAUUCAAACGGGGAAAGGUGACGCAGGUCUGUCACCCAGCGAAGUCGAUCAUAAAUAGGCCAGAGCUCGCAAAAUAUGUCAGGCAUGUCAAAGAAAACGGUGCACUACACAGCUCUUAUCCGAGCUUGACGGCUCUCGUCCUCCAGGCGCUGUCCCUCUGCAAGCUCGUACAUUCCUUUACAUGGGCCGAUGACUCGUUCGGGGCACCCACCUCGCUGCCAACUUCGUUGUUCUGUUCGCAGUUACUCCCUUAUUCGCCGCUCUCAUCCGAUUCCAUCUCCGCUCACCUUCACCAUCUGCCUACGACCCCGCCCGACAUUGGGACCCAUCACACCACGGGACCUACGUUCGGUUCUAAUGCGCACGGCGAGACAUUAUUCUCCGUCCUUCUCCGAGCCAUUCUCGGUCGGCUUCCCUGGCAAGACCAGGCGGAGCAUGAGCGGCCUGGUUUGCGAUCUCUCACGUUGAAAACGUAUGCUGACCUUGGGUCCGAAACGUGGACCAUGCUUGAGAGCGUAGCCAGUCUCAGGAAGGUGGCUAUAUGGAGCAUGAGUGGUCCACCGAGGGUAUUGGAGAGGUGGUGUACGACUCUGUCGCCCACCUUGACGCAGGUUGAGCUUGGGAAAUGUGCAGGUGUCUCAACAGGAACGUUGCUCUCUGUCUUCUCACAGCUGCCUCUGCUGCGACAACUCAGACUUAAGGGCGCGGUCUCGUCUGCUGUCUCCCUCAUUGUCGCACAUCUGCCUCUAUUGGAAUUACUCGACACUGAGUACAUCUCACCUGCACAGACUUCCUCGGUGUAUGCUGAUCUACAUGGAAUACCUCCAUCGCUACUGGAAGCACGGACGGAAUUUCCGAAAUUGAGAAGCCUCACCAUCCGUACAUUCUCUAUUUCUUCUGCACUUUCGCUCCGUCCGCAGGAAGAAGACGCCACCACUGAAGAACAUCUAUGGUUUUGGAUCCUGUCCCUCGUACCGACAAAAAGCCUCAGGGGUUUUGCGCUGAAUGCCUUCUCCACGCAUGGGGUAUUAUGGAUCCCGAGGUCUUUCGUGGAGCGUAUGACGGAGAAAACCAGUGUAAUACCACCUUCGUACAACGAUGGUUCGUUCCUGAGAAGUGACCCGGUAAGAGGUUGUCCGCAGAUAGGACUCGAAAUGUGGGAGGUCAAGGGAGGCUGGAUGGUCAUCGAGGACCUAGAGUUGCUAUGCGCAAGAGCCGGGGCACUGAAAGUGGUCAGCUGCGCCGUUGAGAUUGCCGAUAUCGCCGACAUCUCUGAAGCUAUCGUACCAGGAAAGAACUUACAUACACUCCAUUUACACGUCCGAUGGAUACCGCCCUCACCCUCUCGCUCUCCACCGCCUUCUGCCACGCAGCAGACGUUUGCGAGCCAAGUCGCAACGAGAUAUUCUUCUCCUAGCUUGUCUUGCCUUUCAUUACCAAAUUCCCCAAUGCAGCGUUUCGGAUUGGCGGACGCCCGAAUGUUGAUGAAGAGACCGGAAUCAUCUGUUAUGCUGCUUGGUAUCGGGACGCAGAUUUACACUGGUUCGUGGGUCAGGCGCGAAAAGGAAGAUGGUACGAACGAGCUGGUUUGGAAGGUCGCCGCUGAGGUGGACGCAAUGCGAUGGUGCUAG